AUGUUUUUUGUGCCACGAAGACAUUGGAAGCACCACAUAAAAAUCCCUUCCGUCUCAGAUCCUGUUCCUCUAAAAGAAACUUGCAGGAACGACAUAAAAACAAUUUCUCUUCCUAAAGGUGCUGAUGGUAUCCCGUAUGCAGAAAUAGAAGUAAUACGAAGUGACUGUGGGCAGCUCUGCAAUACUUCGCGACCCGGACAUGGUUUGAAAGUGGCUCCAAAACAGAUUCCAGAAAGACUUCUUAAGGAUUUUACAAUGAAUUUUCGACUGCCAGUUUCAGAUUAUUACUUUAAUAGUCAAUAUCUCAAUGCAAAAAGUAGAACACCAAUAUGGACAAAAGAAAAUGUGGAACAACAGGUCUCUCUAGCAAGGAGAGGAGUUUUAGGUGGAAAUUAUGGCAGAUCUGAAACUAACGCGUUAAGAGAUGGAAUACAGCAUGCUCCUGGCGUCAAAGGUGGGCGUGUCUUGGUGAUAGGGUCUGAGAGUCCAUGGGUUGAGGCAUGCGUAUUGGAAGCCGGCGCGAAGGAAGUUGUUACUCUUGAAUAUGGAGAAAUUAAAUCCCUGCAUCCGCAAAUUAAAACUUACAUUCCUAGAGAAUUUAGGAGGGCUUUUCUUAACAAGUCACUUGGUGCAUUUGACGCUGUGGUAACAUUUAGCUCUGUUGAACACUCUGGUCUAGGUAGAUAUGGCGAUGGAAUUAAUCCAUGGGGAGAUAUCAUUGCAAUCGCGAGGGCAUGGUGUGUGACUAAAACAGGUGGAUCGCUCACAAUUGGAGUAAUGUAUGAUAAUGAAAAAGAUUACAUAAGAUACAAUGCUGAUCGAUAUUAUGGGAAAAUAAGAUACCCGUAUCUCGCCACCAACUGGAAACAACACUACAGAGGACGUGGAAUUCAAAGAGUUCAUGUGUUCAUAAAACCAUAA